GUGUCAGCUUCACACACAUGGCAUCAUGGAAAAGGUUGAUAUCUUUGUGGAUCGAUUCAGCUUAAUCGCCAAUCUCUAUACGUACAAUAAAAAAAUAUCCCAGCACCGUCGCAAAAGUGAAACUGAAGGAACUGAAACUUUUAAGCAGAUUUUUUUCAGUGAUCUUGAUUUUAGCUGCAGCUCAGAUGAAUUGCCUCCAGCAUCUUGCGAGAACCUCGGCUUUGCCUCUGCAGAGCUUGAGUGGUUACUCUGGGAAGCCGUCGUGCGUUGCCACUUCAUUGGCGAUGGUGAAAGGUACUGGUUUAUCACGAAGAUCCAUCGUCGUUGCUGAGGCAGCACCCGGUUCUGUUCCAAGUGCAGAAAGUGAGAAAAUCGAUGAGAAAUCUGAAACAUACAGUCACGACAUGACUGCAGCUAUGGGGGCUGUGUUAACGUAUAGGCACGAACUUGGAAUGAACUACAACUUCAUUCGUCCGGACCUCAUUGUAGGUUCAUGCCUACAGACUCCAGCGGAUGUUGACAAGCUUCGCGCAAUUGGAGUGAAAACUAUAUUCUGCUUGCAGCAAAAUUCAGAUCUCGAGUACUUUGGGGUCGAUAUAGCUGCCAUCCGCGAAUAUGCCAACAGCUUCGAUGACAUUCAACAUGUGCGUGCUGAAAUUAGGGAUUUUGAUGCAUUUGAUCUGCGAUUCCGGCUUCCGGCAGUUGUAAGUAAACUGCACAAGGCCAUCGUUCAGAAUGGAGGUGUGGCCUAUAUACACUGUACCGCUGGGCUCGGAAGAGCACCUGCAACUGCUGUGGCUUACAUGUAUUGGAUUCAAGGCUACACGCUCAAAGAAGCACACGAAUUACUUAUGAGCAAGCGAUCAUGCUUUCCGAAGUUAGAAGCUAUAAAAAGUGCAACUGCUGACAUCCUGACAGGCACUAAAAAGAAACCUGUGAAGUUGAAGUGGCAUGGUACUGGUUGUUCGACGGUGGAAGUCUCUGGGCUCGACAUCGGUUGGGGGCAGAGAAUGCCCUUGUCGUACAGCGAAGAAGAAGGUGUAUGGAUCCUACACAGAAACCUACCUGAAGGACACUAUGAAUACAAGUACAUUGUGGAUGGCGGAUGGACGUGCAAUAAGCACGAGCUCAUCACUAACCCCAACCAUGAUGGUCAUGUCAACAACUACGUCGAGGUGUUUGACGAUAAUCCCGGUAGCAACUCGCAUGAAAUUCGGAGUAGAUUAAUGAGCGAUGACCCUAACCUUUCAAGCGUUGAACGUGCUAAAAUUAGACAGUUUCUUGAAAGCUUUGCUGAUGAGGAGUAACUGCUUCUGCAUGAGUUUCUUUCUUUAUGUUAUGCAUAGAUAUAGUGUAAAGCUUUAUUUCUUUCUUGAAAGCUUUAUAGUAAUAAGUGUUGUAAUUCUAGACUCCCUCACACUCUUUUGAGAUCAAUAAAAAUGACUAUGUAGAUCA